AGAUCGAGAUCUUACGAGUUACAGUUUGGGUGCAAGUUGCAACGGCUUUGAGACGAAGCGGACCUCGUCUUCUUCCCGUUCGAUUCGUUGACAAAGGAGGACCGAAUGCUAUGGCGUUGCUGCCGCUCUACCUGCUCCUUCUCCCAGUUCUGGCCAUCGUCCCCUUGCUCUGCCUAAACCGACGAAGAUGGCGCGGCGCGCCAGGCCGGCUGUUGCUUCCUCCGUCUCCGUGGGCCCUCCCGUUGGUGGGCCACAUGCACCACCUCGCGUGGGACCUGCCGCACCGCGCCAUGCGUGACCUCGCUCGGCGCCACGGCCCGCUCGUGCUGCUCCGCCUCGGCGCGCUCCCCGUCGUGGUUGCUUCCUCCGCGGAGGCCGCGCGGGAGAUCAUGGUGGCGCGCGACGUCGACUUCGCCACCCGCCCCAUGAGCCGCAUGGUCCGGCUUGUCCUCCCCGAGGGCGCCGAGGGGAUCGUCUUCGCGCCCUACGGCGACGAGUGGCGGCAGCUCCGCAAGAUCUGCGCCAUCGAGCUGCUGAGCGCCCGGCGUGUCCAGUCAUUCCGGCCCGUGCGUGAGGAGGAGGCCGGCCGGCUGCUCCGGGCAGUGGCGUCCUCCUCUCCGACGCCUGUGAACCUGAGCGGGUUGCUGUCGGCGUACGCCGCCGACUCGUCGGUGCGCGCCAUCAUCGGGAGCAAGUUCAAGGAGCGGGACAAGUUCCUCACCCUGUUGGAGCGCGGGAUGAAGCUGUUCGCAAAGAUGAGCUUGCCGGACCUCUACCCAUCGUCGCGCCUGGCGAUGCUCAUCAGCCGGAUACCGCGCCGGAUGAGGCGGCACAGCGAGGAAGCGGCGGCGUUCACGAACGCAGUCGUCCGAGAGCACCAGCAGAACCGCGCCGCCACCGACGACGAUGGGGAUGACUUGCUCGACGUGCUCCUGAGGAUCCAGCGGGAAGACGACCUGCAGUUCCCAUUGUCCACUGACAAGAUCAAGUCGGUCGUCGGCGACAUGUUCGCUGGGGGCAGCGACACGGCCGCGACGACGCUGCAGUGGACCAUGGCCGAGCUGGUGAGGAACCCCAAGGUGAUGCGGAAGGCGCAAGACGAGGUCCGACGAGCGCUCCACGGACAGUCCAAGGUAACAGAGGAAUCCCUGGCCGACCUCAACUACAUGCGCCUGGUCAUCAAGGAGGCACUCCGCCUCCACCCACCGGCGCCGCUGCUUAUACCGCGGGAGUGCCGCAAAGACAGCCAGGUCCUGGGCUUCCAUGUGCCCAAGGGAACCAUGGUGCUCGUCAACGCCUGGGCCAUUAGCAGGGACCCCGCACACUGGGACGCGGCUGAGGAGUUCGUCCCGGAGAGGUUCCAGGGCGGCGAGGUCGACUUCAAGGGCGCGGACAUGGAGUACACCCCGUUCGGAGCCGGCCGACGGAUGUGCCCUGGGAUGUCGUUCGGCCUGGCCAAUGUGGAGCUCGCGCUCGCCGGACUGCUGUACCAUUUCGAUUGGGAGCUUCCUGGACGGGUGGACCCCGGGGAGCUUGACAUGACGGAGGAGAUGGGCGUUACCGUGCGGCUGCGCCAUGGCCUUCUUCUCGUUCCCGUGGUCCGAGUGCCGGUUCCACUAGAUUAGCAGCCCGACGGACUCGUGAAGUCGGUGCUCGGCCGUGCCCGCCAGCUGGAUGUGUCUAACUCCAACUGAUCACAAUGUUUUGUCUCCAACAUCCAGUUCGGCAGUUCCCUGAGAUUUGAUCGCUAGUUCGAUCUUCCAAUUAAUAGCUGUUGACCGCUACUUUGAUGGCUAAUAAUCUUGCUUUGUAGUUAUAGUCACCUGAACAAAAGAAGUGUCUGACAAUAAAUUCAUUUAGAGGUCCAGGGCUUAGGUGUCAUUAGUUUCCAGUUAGAGCAUCCCCACUCGUUGGCGCUCCCCACGCCCAAAUCCGCGAUAAUUUCGUCCGGAUAGGACGAAAAAAUGGCGUGGGGAGGGCCAGUUUCCCAGCUGCGAUCCCAGGCCUAGCCGUUGAUUUAAUUUUGGAAAACGUAAACUUGACGAAAUA